AUGGCACCCAACACCUGGACUGAGCAAGCCGAGAGAGAUCUCAUCAUGGCUCUGUUUUUUAACAACGCCAACAACGGUCCUCUCCCGAAGCUUGAUUACGCCAAGGCUCACCAGAUCAUGACCGUUCUGGGCUAUUCGUUCACCAAGGACGCCCUCAACCAGCGCUGGAACAAGGUUAUUCUCAAGGGAAUCCGGGAGCGCCUCAACACUAUUGCCACUGGCAAUAGUACCGGCCCGGCUACCGCCAGCGCCUCUCCUGCCUCACGCAAGAGAGCUGCCCCCGCCUCCAGCGGCAAGAAGACUUCGACUGCCCGUUCUGCCGGUCGCAGCAACCAAGUCUCCGUCCAGAUGGCCCAGGCUGCCACCUCCCAUGACGAUGGUGGCGAUGACGAGGAAGAUUUGGACACCAAGCCUCCCGCUGCCAAGCGCGUUAAGACUAACGUCGGACUUGUCGCUGGCCUCCAAGGUCAGAACAUCGACCUUACCAACGACGAGGCCCACACGGAACUCUGUUUCUACAAUCCUGUUCAGGUCAAGAAUGAGGUGAAGAUGGAAGAGGGUGGCUGUGGUAACCCCAUCAAUUUCCCCGGCUUCGCUCGUGAGCGCAGGUUAGUAGCCUUCCCAUGCCUAUAA